AUGGAGAAUUGGCCUCCAGUCAACAUCAAUUCAGCAACACAUCCUGUCGGAAAUGCAACCAGAAAUGCAGCUAGAACUUCAGCAAUGAAUCCAACAAGCAAUGAGGCCAGAAAUGCAGCCGGAAACACAGCCUCGACGAACAGAUCUAGUUCGCAGGAGGUAACCUGCGAUCCUCAAUCACAAUCUAAUUCGUAUUACUUACACAUUAACGAGAAUCCAGCACUGGAACUCGUUUCUUUCCCUUUGGAUGGAUCCAACUAUCAUGCCUGGGCUAGGGCCAUGACAAUGGCAUUGUCCUGCAAGAAUAAAGUGGCCUUCAUUAAUGGAAUUAUUAAGAAACCUCCCCAAGAUGACCUAGAAAGAUACUAUGUCUGGGAGAGGUGCAAUAAUAUAGUAUGUGCGUGGAUUGUUCGAACCCUCUCCCCAACCAUUGGCAGAAGUGUCUUGUGGAUAGACACUGCCUAUGGAAUUUGGGAUGACUUGAAGAGACGAUUCAGUCAACAAGAUUUGUUUAGAGUUGCUGAGAUCAUGUGUGAGAUAUACCAGACAAAGCAGGGAAAUGAGUCCCUGAAUGAAUACUUCACAAAACAAAAGUUGCUAUGGGAUCUGUAUCUGUACCAAUAA